AUGGACAUCGACCAAGCUCCCACAACAGACACCAUAUCCAGCCCGCCUCCGCCCUCACAGGACGAAGAAGCCCACCUGAAAGCACGUACCUCGGACUCAAAAUUCUGGCUCGACUUCUCCCUCUUCGACGACGGCCUCGACGCCCCGCGCGCGGGAGCUCUCACGACUCUUUCGGAAUUUCACCGCUUCCCGGACUUGCCCCCGGAGAUCCGCCUUAAGAUAUGGUCCUAUCUCAUCGCCCCGCGCGUCGUGACGGCCUGCUGCUUCGAGCGUGACGCCAGGCUGCCCGCCCGGCGUGAGGCGUUUGCGAACCAUUCCCUCGCCGCACCCCGUGUUCCCUCCUCCUUCUUCCCCUCCUCUCCAUCCUCCUCAUAUUCUCCCACAAAUACGGCAUCAGAAACUAGCCUAGCAGGAGAAGGAACAACAGGAGGAGGAGCGACAAGGGGAGGAAUUACAGGAGAAGCAACAACAGGAGGAACAACAGAAGGAGAGGCAGCAGGGACAGAGACCAAAGAAGAACAAGGUAAACAAAUCUUCAACCCAACAUGCCCCCUCAUCCUCCUCAUCAGCCGCGAAUCCCGCGCCCUCGGCCUAAAACACUACGAACUCGCCUUUGGCUGGCGCAUCUCGGCCCUCCUCUCCGACACCCCCAUCGCCCGCCCCCCGCGCGUCUGGUUCAACUUCCGCCUAGACGCCCUCUACCUCGUCGGCGAGCUCGAGGCCUACGACCAGUACGGCUUCAACAGCCCCAUGGUGUAUUUCCUGCGCAAGGAGGACACGCGGCGCGUGCGGCACGUCGCUUGCGCGUUUGAGGAGCUGCAUUACCCCGAGCAGGAGUCGGAUCAGAUCUUUGGGUGUCUGUGGCACGUUGUCGAUCGGUUCGCGGGCGCGAAGCGGUUGAUGGUCGCCGUUACGCCAAGGGACGAGGAAGGGAUGAAGGGGUGUCUUAUGUUGAGUCCGGAUAAUAUUAUGCAGAAGAUUUGGCACGGGUGGAUUCUGGGGACGACGGUUACGAGCUCUAGUUUGGCGGAUACGCAAAUUUUGAUGGUCAAGGAGGGCGAUCUGGCUGAUGUUAUGGCGUGUCAUGCUGAAGAGGACGAGGAGAAGGGAGGCAAGAGAUCUGUCGUUACAGGGCGCACCUAG